AUGACUUCUCAAGUUAUUCUAUACUCACAGCCACGCAGCGCAUGCCAUCUACUGGAGCGCAUGCUCGAGGGGCAAAAGAACGCCACACCAUUUUUCCGGCCAUUCGAGGAAGCAUGGCACAAGCAGCAAGUGGAAUGGCUUCGUCUCACUUCUUAUUAUGAAGGCAUGCCGUUGGACAUGCGUUCAAUCUUUGAGAAAGAGGUUCAACAAGAUUGUGAACAAUGGAAAGAAGAGCUGCUCAAUUCCGAAAAUAAUGGAAAAAUAUUGAUGGUUCAUACCCAUUCCUUUUUCCCGGCAUCUCCUGACCGAAUGUUGGAAUACAUCACUUCGCCAACAGCCGAAGCUCCCAGCGGAGACAACUUCACACUGGUACCCGAGAAUCUGCUGCUUUAUCCUCAAACAGUGCCUGUGAUUACUAUCAGGAACCCGCAGCUGGUCGUGCCAUCCGCAUACAAAGCUAUGCGGGCUGUCAUUAACGGAGGUGGAAGAGCGAAUAUGCUCGUCAUUACCUGCCACUUAUGGGCCCGACUACUGUAUGACUUCUACGAAGCCAAUGGAAUACAGCCCCUUGUUAUCGAUGCAGACGACUACAUGACUAGUGAGAAAUUCGUGCGCGAAAUUUGCAGACGAACAGGUUUGAAUCCCGACCAGGCAAUCUUUUCAUGGGAUACGGCUUCAAACGAGGAACAGGAAAAGCUUGCCAAGCCAUUUGCAGCUGUCCAGACGACGCUAAUGGACUCGACGGGAGCAAAUGCUGGUCGAGCAGCCAAGAAUGUUGACCUGAGUGCUGAAGAGGCAAAAUGGGAGGACGAGUUUGGUGUGGAUACUGCGCGAGAGAUUCGGGAGCUGGUCCAACUGGCUAUGCCUCACUUUGAGUAUUUGCAUGAACGAAGACUGGUAGUUUAA